AUGAUGAAGCGUACCCGAAAGACCUCUUCUGAGCGCCUUGUUAAGCGACCACGCCAAAAUGACGCCUUAUCGCAAGUACCUGCGCAGACAUACUGUCGAUCAAACGAGAUUCUCUCUCUGGCAGCAUCCCACUGGAGGAGCGAAUCCCCGAAGGAACCUAAGCAAGUGUCACCCCUGGACCUGACAAUUCUUGUAUAUCGUCAGCACAUAACGAGCCCCAACCGAAAUGGCGCAUUGGCUUCGUUAGACGACCAGGCAUACUUUCAAUUGCACCUUUGGCCUGAGUUUUGUAGUCUGGUCGCCCAAGUCAAGCAAAAAGACGCUCAUCAUGACUGGGUGGUCCUCCAACCGUUUGUUAUGUCGAUGGCCGCGAUGUUUAACUAUCGCCGUGCAUAUCACCCGUCUCGCGGGGCUGAAUUGUUGCAAUUGCUCGACAAUGAUUUAGACGCUUUAUUAGUUUUUGUUGAAGCAUGGUUUCGGUUUGAUCUUGAGAAUCUCACAAAGGAAGAGCGAUGUCUUCGUCUCAAGUUUUUAUGUCACCUUUUUCGUGCGUUGGAUUACGAAUCGGUCCAAAAGGCAUUACUCCCCCUGCUGUCCUUGCCGGUGUGGGUACAUCUGUCAGAACAGUCAUGUCGACAACAAACUGACCGCUUUCCGUUUCUUCUCAAACCACUCUCAAGGCUGAAACGUCGCGCCCGAAAGCGGGAUGCUGCGCAAAAAGCGCCGCUGGUGGAGAUGGCUUUAUACAGUAUCAUUAGGGAACUCGAGAAUGCGAUUCUGAAGUGUGAUACUGAGUCGUUCAACGACCCCAUUGCUAUAAUUGCUGAACUUUUAUCCCUUCUUUCUGAGAUGCUGUCACAACUGCGUUUUCGCCGCACGCUUUUGCCACUGCUUUCUGAUCGCUUCACACUUCCACUUGUUAAAGGACUGUCUCUGACAUUGACCGUAGAUUCGGUAGUCUCAAGUCCAGGUUACAACGACUUUGCUCGCGUUCUGGAUCAAUUUGCGUACUACGUCACGUUUCCACUGGACCCGGUUACCGGCGACUCUCUUCCGCGAGAUUCAAUUCGUGCUGAACGGGCUCGUCGUUUGCUGACCCUGCAAAGAGUGUCACACUCUAUCUCUCAUCGACAAAGUUUUCCAGCGACCUCCCCGCUUCGGAAGCUUCCAAUGGCCAAUCAUAGCAUCAUCGGCCGCGAAGAUGUUUUGCAGUCUGUAUUUCGGGACUGCGAGGAAGGUGUGAUGAAUGAAGUCGUCGAAGGGUUGGGCAUGAAGUCCUUGUCUGCAAUAAUAUUUGAUGAUGAGAGCAACCUCCCUCCUCUUAAACGUACUCGCCAAGCGAGACGAAACCUUCUGAUUGCAACGAUCUCCACCUAUUGCGCUGCAUCGAAGGAUAUUUUGGAGGCUUUCAAAACCUUUCCUUUGAUGGUGAAUGAAGACGAUCUCUGGGGAAGUUCAGGCGCAAAUAUGUCCAGAUCGACGUCAGCCCUGCCCGUCCUCAAUUUAGAAUAUCUAAACUUGACGGACUACUUAUGGCGGAACAUUUCUUUAUUCAAGUUAGAGUCAUCAUGGGCUGUCCGCGAAGAUAUAGAGGCUGAUGUGUUGAGAAUGCAGCCGUCAUUCGAUGUGAAUGGCGUGAAAUUCGAUGGGUGGGCAAAAAUGGCUGCUCCAAUCAAGUCUAUCGACGUUACUGAAGUGGGUAAUCAACGUCUUGAUUCACCUGCUCCAAGUCAUGUGAAGGUGAAUGUCGAAAUAAACCUCGGGCAUUGUUCUGGCCAAGCCCGCCAUGAAUGGAGCCAUUUGCAACAGCAUGAAGUCAUUUUUCUACUCAGGUUGCAAUCUCCAUCUGGAGGAAGUCCAGAACAAGAAAAGGAUGGUAGCAACUUUGAAGCGUUUUCAAACUGUCAAGUGCGAGGAUUUGUUACUGGAACCCUUGAAGAUAUCAAUGGCGAAAAGAAUGAAGGGACAAAGUGGAUCGCUGCGGGAUCGGUAAUACGUUUAACGGGUACUGUGGACAGUCUCCAGUACUACUACGAUUCGCAAAAACAAGCGAGCAGCACAGAGGAUGUGUUCAAAGGAUUCAAUAUUGCAGUCAGACGGCGCGCACAGAUCAACAAUUCGUUUCCAGUCCUGUCAUCGUUGCGAGCGCUACUUCUUUCGGAAGGCCCUGUGUUGCCACGAUGGCUGGAGGAUGUCUUCCUUGGACGGUCGGGAAAUACCCCUACAACUGCAGGUUGCACAAAGGUACCAGCUACGGACGAGUUCACGGAUUUUGCAGAUACUUUCGUAUCUGCCGAUCAUGUGCUCCAAAGCUUUCCAUACUCCAAAAUCGACAGGCUGAAUGUGAAGAUAAAGUCUUUCCAAUCCGACACAAAGAGACUUGGUUUUAAGCUUUCGUUCGGCACCGAUCAAAGUGGGGGCAAUGUUGUCGAAAUGGAGCCGUACAGGCUGGAAUCCAGGAGACCAAUGUUGGCAGUGAGAUCCAAGCAAGUCAGAAACUCUUUAAACAAAACCUUCUUCAACAUAAACCAAGUCGCCGCAAUCCGUUCGGGAAUAUCGACGGGCCUCACGCUCAUCUCGGGGCCUCCCGGUACAGGGAAGACGUCCUGCGUUGUUCAAAUACUCUCGACCCUGUAUAUGACGCAAAAGCAGGAGCGUAUUCUGCUGGUAACUCGGACGAACCACGCCUUAAACGACCUGAUCCGCAGAACAUUGUUGCGGGGUGUCAGUCCGUUUAGAGUCUUACGACUUGGGCAAGGUGCCGCCGAAGGUGCUGCUGACAAAUUACUUUCGAAAGAUGGACGUGUCCGUGCAAUGCUUGAGAGACGGAUGGAGUUGCUUUCGUUGGUUGCUAAACUCGCGACAUCUUUGGAUCCGCAUGCCGCAGAGACAAAUUGGUCGUGUGAAUCAGCGGUGACGUACUUUAAAGACGUUGUAGAAAAGGAGUGGGAACGAUUUUUAUGCGCUGAGGACAUGACCUGGGCAAAUUUCCCGUUCCGAAAGUUUCUUGAGGUAACUGACGACAAGAAGGGUGUACAGGAAGGGAAGCAUGGUGUCAUCACAGGCGGUAACCUUGCGAAUGAAUUUCAAGCUAUUGCCAUGAUGUUUGAGGAAUUGAAGGAACUUCGAUUUCUCGAAGUGCUCCGAACCAACAGACAAAGAGGCAACUAUUUAAUCACCUCACACGCUUCUAUAGUUGCUAUGACAUGUGUACAUGCUGCAAUGCAAAGAGACGAUCUCAUCUCACAGCGCUUUGCAUAUGACACGCUUAUCAUGGAGGAGGCUGCCGAAUGUCUGGAAGUGGAAGCGUUUCUAUCUUUGCUCUUGCAGAAACCAGGACGGCUGAAAAGAGUGAUACUUGUGGGAGACCAUAAGCAACUCCCUCCCGUUGUUCAAUAUUCAGCGCUACUGCAAUUCUCGAAUAUGGGACAAAGUCUGUUCGCACGGCUUGUACGCACAGGAACUAAAUUUAUUCAGCUAGAUCAUCAAGGGCGGUCAAGACCAUCAAUAGCUGAUCUUUUCAGGUGGAGAUAUCCAAAGUUGCAAGACAUGGAAUUUAUUCGCCAAGAAAGCACCUUCUCAGAAGCAAAUCCAGGGUUCCUACACACUGCCCAGUUCGUUGACACUGGUGAUCAGACUUCUGAGUCUCAACCGCUUCCAUACUUUUAUCAAAACGUAGCAGAGGCCGAAUACGUCGCCUUCACAUUCUUAUACAUGCGAAUGGUGGGUUAUCCGGCCGACCGAAUAGCGGUUCUUUCUACGUACAAUGGCCAAGUCCAGCUUCUCAAAGAGGUGAUCUCAGCACGCUCAUCACAGUUUGGAAAUCUCGGGUGCCCAGCUGUGGUUUCCACCGUAGACAAGUUCCAGGGUCAGCAAGCGGACUAUGUCCUUCUCAGUCUCGUCAGAACGAAGCAUCUCGGUCAUUUCAGAGAUGUGCGAAGAAUAACAGUUGCAAUGUCCAGGGCCAGGUUCGGCUUGUAUCUGUUUGGGCACCUGCCUUUACUUCAGUCAAGCAUGGAAUUUAAACCGGUCCUGUCGCAGCUGAACAAUAACUACAAACUAGUUCUUGUGGCAAACGAGACCUUCCCUCAAAAAGCACGCCAAGAGUAUUGUGAAACUGAAACGGAUGCUUCUCUUCACAGAGAGGUCCACUCUCCAGCGGACAUGGCAUCAAUUGUCUCUCAUCUCCACGAAGUGGCACUAGAAAAGAAACAAGACAGUGGGUAG